AUGUCGCCGUCUCCCAUUCAACCAACGAUAACAAACACGUCGACGGUUACGUCUACCUUGCAGACUCAGAGAAGUUCUACACAGUCCGCCUUCGCCGAUACUAUUUCACCACUCCUAUCUGCCACUUCGUCGGCAACAUCUAUACCUGUUCCAGUCGCUGUAGCAGCAGAACCUCCUCCUAGAAUGACACCCGCACAGAUUGCUGGACUAUCAGUGGCAGCGGUGGCAGCUUUCGUCAUGGCCAUCGGACUCAUGGCGCUAAGUGUGUGCUUGCGUAGAAGAAAGGAGCGACGAGUGGUUUUUGAUACAGACGAGAAAGGUCAGAGUCAGCGAGGCAAGCAACUUUCGACACAGUUUUCGCACUACAUCCCGGUAGAGAGCGGUCUUGAGCCGCCGAACCAAUUUCCUCUGGUGCUCCCACGAGCCUUCUGCCGAGGCAGCAAACAGGGUCCAGCACGUCCAGCGCAACGUCUUGGGGUAGGAACAUCCAACAGCUCUUCUAAUUCCUCAUUACCGCUCGACCAGAUAGGUCUAGCCAUCAGUGCCGAGCUGGACGGAAAACCCCUGGUACCUAGCAAGGCCUCAGAAGCCCCCACUGCGCAUCGACAAGUACCUACCUCGACUCAGUCGCGCAUGAACGCACCUUUUAGACCUGUCAGUACGAUGACCCAGGAGACUGUCUUCGAAGAGGACGAGACGUCAUCGCACCGAAGAUCUUCAAUACUACUGCCCACGCCACCAGUCCCAAUUCCUCCGAUCCGCGCUCUGCAACCCUCAAGGCCUGUACCAAAUUUUGCCGCCAACAACCGUCCAACAGGCCGCCGGUCCGAGCUGUUUCUCGAUAUUCCUGUCCGCCAUGAGAGACCUCAGCCGAAGCGCAUUGUAGCGGGAGGAAUAGCCUCAAAUGGUUCACCACAGCCCCCUCGCCCCGAGCCUGCAACACGCCCACGCUUGGCACCACCCUUCCAGAUGACGUCUACAGCCACCUCUCAUGAGUCUAGGGCUACAACUGCCAGCUCACGCGAUGCAAGCACUUCCGGAGACAUCAUCGACUAUUACUUUUCUAGUAACCAGAGCCGAGACCCAACACCCAAAGCCAGUCCAGCACAUAUCAUCCGACCAAAGGAGUCUCCAAAAGCUGUGCAGAUCAAGCCUAAGAUGUCACACAGUAGCACAUUGUCACGCUCUACAUCGCGUAACUCGACAAACUUGCGCGACUCUCUGACAAGUCAAACAUCUUUCGAGACAACAAACGGCAAUGAGUCCACGCCUGAAGAUGAGGAUGAGGAUAAGCAGCUCUCUGAUGAUAGUGUCAGCAACAAACAACAACUAUCUCCUGUGGCUGAGUCACCUAUCUCAAAGCUUCGGUACCCCAAGGUGCCGCGGGCGUCAAACCAGCUCGUGCCGCGUAGCCCAAGGAGUUCGCCACAUCAGCAAAACUUCAGAAGUCCACGCAGAGCCCCCGACCCGUCGACGCUUCUUCAAAAACGCAACAACGCCCUGCCUCCGCUCUUGCUAGAGUCCCGACCUAGAUUGAACAGUCCUCAGCGAGACCCCUUCACAUCCCCACCACGCGUCACCAGUCCGCCACGCAAAGUUCGCUCUCACAUGCGCAGCAACAGCACUGAGUCAUGGAGUACAACACCUGCCUCGAAAACAGGUGUUGAUCGAAAGAGUCGCGUGCAAAGUGGUACGUGGGGUAAAAGCCCAGUCAUGUACGAAGAAGAUGUUGUGAGGCCGUUGAACGUGAGAAGGAAGAGAGACGAAAUGUCUGAAUUGAACAUCGGCAGAGAUGCGGAUGUUGAGUUUGACCGGGACGGGUUGAAGAGUCCCGUAUGGGUGCCCCGACUCACUCCAAGGAAGAAGGGUGAGGAUUUAUUUCUUGAGGUAGGAUGGGGGGACGGUGUACGAAGGUGA